AUGUCUUCUAUCUUAAAAUUAGAGAACAAGCCGUACUUUGUUUCUUUACUCAAGAUUUUCUCACAAAAAUCACAAAUAACAAUGGAAAUAGACCAAAAUGUUUUCAAAAUAUCUUCACUUGACUCUCCCCAUAUUUACCUUUCCUUUGAAAACAGUCUAUAUAAGAUUGACGUGCCCAUUGAAUUUACAAUACGCGUGGAUGAGCUUUUGAAGAAUAUUGAGAUACUUGACAGUAGUUUAAUUAUACUUGAUACAUCAUUUAAAAUUGUCUCCUUUACAGGAUGCAAUGACGAUUUCAAUAACAUAGCGCCUAUUGAUAAGGACUUAAGUGUUGAAGGUCUAAAUAGAAUAUACUUUUCAUUUGUAGAGAUUCCCUUCGUCACUCCCAUUAAAUCCCAUUAUGUCCAAAAAGAGAUUUAUAGUACCAAGGCCAUAAUUGAUAAGGAAUGCAUUAAAAAUUUCAUUAGUGGAAAUGUGACGUAUCACUGUGAAAAUAAUAAACUAUACAUAGAGAAAUACACAGUAGAAAUGAAUGAACGGUUAGAAGUUGAUGCAGAGUUUUUAGUUUCAGGGUAUCUCAAUUUUUAUUGUUCCAAUGAGUGGAUAGGGCAUGCACUUAGUUUCUAUGAACUAAUUAAUACUGUUAUGCUCUGUUUUUCUGAUGGAUUGAUGAGUAUAAGGUUUAUACUCAAGGACUAUACAAGUUCAUAUUUGGAAAUACAAGUAAGGGCGUUAGAAUGA